UUGUACUACUGCCUCUUCACUCAGCACUUAUUCUGCUAAUCUGCUUCAGCUAGGGCUCCUCCUUUCUUCCUCUUCGCUGGUACAGAGAGUCUCUGAAACCCACAUUUCAGUUCCUCUCUGAAAGGCAAACAAUGGUAGAAGGACGAGGCUCCACUCUUGUGCACAUUUUGGUGGUGGUUUUAAGCUUAGUCGCCUUCGGCUUUGCCAUUGCUGCUGAGAGAAGGAGAAGCGUCGGAACCAUGUUUAGAGAUGAAAGAACAAACGAAACAUAUUGCAUCUACAAUUCUGAUGUUGCAACUGGAUAUGGUGUGGGUGCCUUCCUGUUUCUUCUUUCAGGUGAAUCACUGCUUAUGGGAGUGACUAAGUGCAUGUGUUUUGGGAGGCCUCUAACGCCGGGGGGAAAUCGAGCAUGGUCCAUUAUAUAUUUUAUGUUAUCUUGGGUGACUUUCCUGGUUGCCGAAGCAUGCUUGAUAGCCGGUGCAAGUAAGAACGCCUAUCACACAAAAUACCGGGGAAUGAUUUAUGCUCAAAACUUCUCCUGUGAAUCUCUGAGGAAAGGUGUGUUCGUAGCUGGAGCAGUUUUUGUUGUUGCAACCAUGAUUCUUAACGUAUACUACUACAUGUACUUCAACAAGGCCACAACCACUCCCUCUUCUCACAAAGCAAACCGGGUAAGCUCAACAGUUGGAAUGGCCGGAUAUGCAUAAAAUUGUCUGGUGAUUAUGGUACAAGGGACCCUAAUUUUGAAGCUUCAUGUCAAUGAUUGUGUUGUCUUUAUUGUAACAUAAUCGCUUUCGGUUGGCUUUGCUUAGGCAUCAUGUUAUGGUGUUCCUCAUGGAUGCUUCUCUAUGUAGUAAUAGUUUCUGACCCCGUGCCACACGGGUGUAUUUAAUCAUAUGAUUGAGGCGCCGGAAUACGAUGAAAGAAACAGAAGUGCCGCAAUGCAAGAAAAGGAAGUAAUUCGA